UCCGAUUGGAAACGUCGAAAAAUACUUCAUCAUAUACAAGAUAAACGUAAUCGUGCAUCAGAUGAACGUUCAACUUUUUUUCAAAAUAAUUGGGAACCAACCAUACAAUGUGAAUUUGAACGACGACUUGGUAAUAUUGGUGAUGGUGGAAAAUGGGUUUGUGAUAUACAUCGUUUUGGAUCUCUGAAUACUACAAAUAUACUGGUUUAUUCAUUGGGUUCGAAUGGUGAUUUUAGUUUUGAAUAUGCAAUCAAAGAACUCUUUCGAAAUGCAGAAAUUCAUACAUUUGAUAAGAGAUUAUAUAGAUGUCCUGAAAAUGUUUGUACAUUUCAUCAGGUUCGCUUAGGUAAUGGAAAAAAUGAUAGUUCAAAAUCUUUACAAAUGGUUAUGAAUGAACUUGGUCAUCAAAAGCGACAGAUUCAUAUACUUAAAGUUGAUAUUGAAGGUGGUGAAUUUAGUUUUUUUGAAGAACUAUUUCAGUCUUCCAAUAAUAAACAAAGUGAUUUACCUUAUAUUCGUCAAAUUCUUUUUGAAAUUCAUCUUAAUGUUGAUAGAAGUGAAUCACCAUGUCGACGUGCACAUAAGUUAUUUGAAUUAUUUCGUUCACAAAAUUUUGCAAUAUUUCAUAAGGAAGCUAAUGUAGUUAAUGCACAAAAUCUUUUUGAAUAUGCAAUGUUACGUUUAAAUCCAUCAUUUUUCAUAUCACCGUUAUAA